AUGAAAAGUCAAAAUAAAAAGGAAUAAGGUUAUGAAGAAGAUCCUCAAAAAGCAAAAAAGGGUCAAAUGUUAAUAUAAUAAAUAAGAGAGUUUUUAAGAAAAGACGAAGAAGGUUAUUCAAACGAAAAUUUUGAUCCUACAAAAUAUUUAGUUUAAUUAUUAAUAGGUUAAAACAAAAAAACACAAAUUUUUAUUUGUGAUGAAGAUAAUGCAAAUGUACAAAAUCCAAAUAAAAAUUUCUUUUUAGAACGGGUUUAAAUAAAAAAAGAUUUCUCUUAGUAAAAUAUAGGAAAAAAAUUCAAAAAUGCAGAAGAAUUUGGAAAUUUUGUUAAGGAAAACUUCAAUAUAGACUUAAAUGUAUACUAAUACUUCGAAGAAAAGUUCGAUGAAAUGGAAGAUUUGGUCCAUGAUAUCCUUUUAUUUGACGAUGAUGAUGUUUUGUAGUAUUUUGAGAAUUUAAAUAGCCAAAACUUGUUGGAUUUUGUUGAUUUUUCGAUGAAAUUUGAUGACUUGGAGACUGUUUGGGAAGGAUUAAAGGGUUUAAAAGAUGAUGAAAUGGAAAAUUUGAUUCCUUAUUGUGGAAAAAAUGAUAUUUUGAAUUUUGUUUUAGGGGUUAUUUCUUGUUAAAAAAUUGGGAAAAGUAUUAAAAUUAAAUUAACGAAAUGA